GGCCACCUAAAUUAGGUAUUAUUUUUCAACCACCACACCCAUAAGUAGAGGUAUUUUUAUAUUAUGAAAAUCAAUUAAAAUCUAUAACGGCGGACUGGGUGGAAAUCAAACAGGGGUUGAAUAGAAUCCUGGGGACGAGUAAAUCUUCGAUGGUACAUCUCAGCAUCGAGUGACAUCACGUGGAGAAGUAGACGCAGGUAGGUCCCGUACGCAGGUACCUACGUACAACCCCAGAGAUCAGCCUUACCGUGCGAAUAGCGGACAGCACCUGGUCAAUUCACACUAUCUAUUUUUUUUUUUCCGACAACGAAAACUACGAAAUAUUCAGGCCGGCGCGGCAGCCGGGCAAGACGCUCGAAAUCGUGAAGCUAUCAGAACAGCUAAGCCAGCCCGCCCCAACGACCCGAGUCGACCGACGAAACAUGGGCACCAGCGCGUCCAAGCCGGCUUCCGGCGAGUCGCCCUCACAUGUAUGGAAGGCACCGUCGUCUAUAGGCCUCUCGCACGAUGUCGCCGAGUCCCUCAACUCGAGUAGCGAGACCGACACCUCGCGCGCGCAGACGCUCGAGCUCCUCGUGCAGGCGCGCGUGGCCGACGAGCUGCGGCGGCUGUCCGAGCACGAGAGCGCGCUGCUGCGGGCGGCGCACGACAAGAUCGCGAGCAACGCGGACGCGGACGACGGCGCCGCGACCCCGGCAGACGGCUCCUCCCCCUCUCACCCGCAGCACCGGCAGACCGUGUCGAAGGAAGUCGAGGCGCUGCGCGCGCGGCUCGACAAGCGGAAGCAGCUGCGGCCGCUGCCGGAGAGCGUCGAGCGCGCGCGCAGCGACGUCGUGCGCUGCCUCGUCGACAACGACCGCCGCCCGCUCGACUGCUGGCGCGAGGUCGAGGCCUUCAAGGAGGAGGUCCGCCGCCUCGAAAAGAGCUGGGUCGAUCGGGUCGUGUCGUAGUCGCGCCCGGAAGAGGGGGCGGCGGUUGAAAGAGAUGGUCCUGCCGGUGUCGAGGGAGCGAGCCGGCGGGGGAGAAAGAAAAGGGGCAACUAGUCGGGCCGGCCGAGGCAUGGGAACCGUAGUCUAGGCGCUGAUACUGCGCCGGACGAAUCAGGGACGACAGGUGGAUGAGCACGGGCGACGAGCUGGACGUGGAAGUGGGGAGGGGAGGGCUGUACAGAAACCAGACGAAGCGAAGUGAAGUUAUAAGACAACUCCCUCGGGCAGCUCGUCGGGAAGACGGAAGGGGGAGCGAGGAACCGGGUGGCCACGGCGAAUAGAGACACUCCGUUGUAACAACAGCCAGACACACAUCAGUGCAUAGAAGCUUUUUUAGAGACUAUCUAUUUUUACAUAC